AUGGUCAGAGAGUCAGGUGGUGAAGAUUUAUUGGUUAUUAAAGAAGAUUGCAUUAAUCACGUCACGAAAAGAGUAAUGAAGCAUUUAAUGAAAUUGAAACAAGAAAAGACUCAACGAAUUCCAGCGACUACAACAACUAUGAAAAGUUCUACAUCAUUAUCAUCAUCUAAGAAACAACCAGCAAGACAACAACAACUACUCGAUGACAAUAAAAAAUGGGGUGAUGGUGUUGGACGAAUGACAACGUCAAUGAUGGAUAAAUUAUCGACCAGCUAUGGAAUUGCGAUUCGGCAAGCGAGUUCAUUGUCUUGUGGUAAGAAAUAUAACUAA